AGCGAGCCGAUUAGUGAUGGAGAGGAUAAGAGUAAAAUGUGUGUCUCUCUUGGUAUUCGUUGGUGAAAAUGUUGGCUAAGUGUUGGCCUCGCCGUGAUCUGUGGUGGUCGCUGGGGUAAAGUAAACAGCGGACAUGAUAAACAAACCAUUGGGCUGAGGUGAGAGAGUUCCUUCACAGGUGAUGAGUGCUGUCCAGUUUUUGUAAACUGUACAUUUAAAAAGAUUGAGAAAUUGAGAGCCAUACAUUGACAAAAAGAUUGGUUACCACGAUGAUGAACUACGACAGAACAGAUGUGGUGUUUGUGGUGGAGAGAAGUGCCAGCAUGAAGCGGUACCUGCCAGAAUUGCUGGAGGCAUACAUCGUCCCUACAGUGUCGCUUUUUGGAGGUGGUCUAUCAGAGGAAUCAGAUGUUUUCUUCACACAGAGUAGUGUGGUUCAAUACGCAGCAGUGUUUUAUGGCACGGAGUUAUCACUUGUUGGGUCAUGGGGUCAGGUGGAAUGUUAUGGCCCAACAUGUUCAGAAACAGAAAUUCUGAAUUCCAUCAAGAAUGCCCGUUAUACCUGCAAAAACUUAACACGACAAGCAUUUAUCCUGGAGGGACUUCAAGCUGCCAUCAACCUGUUUGACUCAAUGAAGCAGCAUUACCCUGCUGGGGAAAAUGUCCAGCGGUGUUGUGUCCUGGUAACACAGAGCACACCCAUGAGCAAUCCCUGGUCACCAACACUCCCAGAAAAAGUCAUCAUGGAAAUCAAGAGGACCAACAUCCAACUGUCAGUUGUAUCAGCCCACAAGCUGGUUGAACUUUACCGCUUAUUUGAUGCUGCUGGGGGUGACUUCCAAGCCAGCCACAAUAAGAACAACUAUGCAAGCAAGCCUCAACAUCUUGUACUUCUCAAUGGUUUCACCUUACAAGAACGUGCAUUAAGUCCAUCCUUGGUAGGCUACCCUCCAGUAACAUCUGUGGCCACACCUCCUGCAGCAAUGGGCACCCAAGUCCCACCACAAGGAGUAACAGUACCAUCAGUUGCAGGUCCUGGGCCAUCCCCUAAUCCUUUGGGCCCUGUGGCAGCAACUCCUUCUCCAGGACCUGUGUCAGUGGGGUCUCCUGCCCCUCCCCAGGCUGGCCAAGCUCAAAUGGUGAGAGCCGGUUUCCUGUAA